AUGUCCGAGUUCCUAGGUUCUAGAAUAUCGCUCAUAUCGCGGAGCGACAUCCGCUACGUUGGGACUCUCCACAGUAUCAACUCGGAUGACUCGACCGUCUCCCUGGAAAAUGUCAGAUCAUACGGCACAGAGGGUCGGAAAGGUAAUCCCGAUGAGGAGGUCCCGCCCUCCGUUGACCUCUACGAGUACAUCGUUUUCCGCGGCACAGAUGUCAAGGAUUUAAGGAUCGAGGAGGGACCUACGGUCAAGGAGACCAAACCUCCUGCGAUGCCGAAUGACCCUGCAAUUGUUGGUGCCCGCCCCCGCCCGACGAAUGUCGCCCCUAGCCCACAGGGUCCGCCGCGUCCUUCCGGACCGCAAGGUCCCCAAGGUCCCGUCGGCCACCCAGGACCCCAAGGUGCGGUAAACCAGCAAGGCCCGCCACCUGGUGCGCCAGGUUUUGGUGGUUACUUCCCUCCCCACAUGCCAAGCUGGGGCCGUGCAGGAGGCCCGGCUCCUGGUCCAUUCGGUGGCAUGCCAUAUCCGCCUCCUGGCUGGUUUCCUCCCGGACAGGAUUUCCCACCCAUGGGUCCAGGUCCGUGGAACCUGUAUGGUUUCCCGCCGGGGCCUGGUGGUCUCCCGGGUGCCCCUGGCGCUCCUGGCGCUCCUGGCGCUCCUGGUCCUGCUGCUGCUCCUGGCGCCCCCGGACAAGGUCGUCAAUCAGCGAACCAGACCCCGAGCACCCAGGCGGCACCAACACAGAAGCCAGCUCCGAUUGGACCCUCAGCCGACCGGAAAUCUGCAACCCCGGCUCAGCAAAAUGAAAAGAUUCCGACCGAGCCCAAGGCCCUAAGCCAGCCAUCAAAACAGCCGGCAGGGGCGACUCAGGCGGCUCCUGCUGCUCCGGCUGCUUCGGCACCUCCGCCGCCAAUCGAGUCGAAGCCAACAGUAGAGGAAGUGAAAGCCACAGCUGCCUCUCUUGCCAACAAUGUUUCCGGCGCUGCUGCGACUCGUGACUCUGCCAAGGCCAUUCCAACGGGGCCGAAGAGCAACCGCCCAUCCCAGAUCCUCCCUGCCGUUCCUCUGCCGGCGGCUCUUACUACCAAGGCCCAGCAAUCUCGGACCACACCGAAGCCAGCUUCGGAGCAGAAUAGCGCGGCCGCCGCUGCAGCGGCACUACGGGACGCCACGCAGGCUGCCAAGGAGGCUGUGGCGGUAGCUAUGGCGAAGCUCGACAACUCUGCCGCCCUCCAGCAGUCGGAUGGAAAUGCGGUCGAUAAUCUGACUAAGAAAGUUGACGAGAUGAGAGUGCAUCAUGCGGCACGUACGGGACAGAACAACCGGGGCGGCCGAGGUCGCGGGCCCCGCCCUGGCAAGGUCGAGGUUCCAGAUGCUGAUUUUGACUUUGCGUCAGCCAACGCCAAGUUUAACAAACAAGAAGUCGUGAAGGAGGCCAUUGCUGGAUCGCCACUCACCGAUGUGCCCAAUGGAGAUGGCACUAAGCCCGAAGUCGCGGCCGACAUAGCCGUCUCGGUCGAACCAGCCUACAACAAGUCCAAGUCGUUCUUUGACAACAUCUCGAGCGAGAUGAAGGACAGGGAGAAUGCCGGCCAGAAACCGGGUGGUCGCGAGUGGCGCGGUGAGGAACAGCGCAAGAAUAUCGAAACUUUUGGUCAGGGUAGCGUCGAUGGGGGCUACCGCGGUUAUCGUGGUGGACGCGGCCGUGGCCGUGGAGGACGGGGCCGUGGCUAUCACCGCGGCGGGCGUGGCGGGAAUCAGGGGUUCCGCCAGCGCGAGGCCCAGCCGGCGGCUCAGUAG